UCCAUGCGUCCAUUCGAAAAACUUCUCUGUCCAAUCGGUGUGCAGCUCUGGUGCAGCGGCUCCUCCUCUCACUGCUGCUCCCACAUGUAACGCUAUCAGCCUCCGUCUGUCUGUUGCAUUGUCUCACCGGGGACGCAGCGUGCAGGAACACAGCACCAUGGUGACUCCACCGGACCGGGACGCUUGUAAGUGAGAAAAGACAGGAUUGCGUGAGCAGGAAAUGAAGACACGGCUGGUUGAGGUUCUCUCGGUGUACCGGAGGAGUCGUUAAUCCAGUCCGCAGGGCCGCCUGAAGCUGUAGGCUGCAUGACACGUUAUGGUGAUUAUAUUUUCAUUAUCGCGUUAAUUCAAGCGGUUACUAUGUUGCGCACGCUCGUCCCGACCUGUGUGUCUCUACCUGGAGCUGCACCUUAGCUCACUCCUCUCACUCAUUGCUCGGAGCGGUGGUCAGCGGUGCGCCCGGUUCCGCCUGCCCGGCACCGCGUUGAGGAUGGCCGGCCGCCGCGGCUGCGUGAACUCGCUGUGGUCUGGCACCGAGCGCGUCCGCAUCGGAGAGCGCCUCAAAGCGACGCUCGCCGGGGUGAUGGAGCUGGAGCUGCUCAGGUGCAAACACCUGCAGAUGGUGGACGCUGCUUUGGAGGACCGAGCCGUCAACGCCGAGGAGCCACGGGCGGAGGAGGAGGAGGAGGAGGAGGAAGAGGAGGAGGAGGAGGGGAGCGGGACCCCGGAGAGCGCCGAGCAUGGCUCUGCGACAACCCGCAGGCAACAGGCUCCGUCUCCCUCAGAUAUCGUGGUACUGCCCUGUCAGAGCAGCCCAGAGGAAUGUGGCAGUAAUUCAGGGGACGGGACGGUCCACUCCUCGUCUGGCAGGGGGAGUAACUCACGCUGGUCGACUUUGUCCUGGGAUGCCCCCUCUGACCUACUGUCUCCCCCAACACCAGACCCCAGUGGUGCAGUCCAUCUGGACAGUGACUCCAGACCGAGUUCAGGUUUCUAUUCAGUGAGCGGGAGCUCUCUCUCGGACUCUUGCUACUCUGUGUCCAGUGACGCUGCUCAGGGAGGAUCAGCGCCACCAGCCAGACCCCCGAAGCUGUGGGAGCCGCUUCCUCUGUCCUCUGACAAUACUGACAUCCUGUGGUCAGAAGCUGCACAGCAGCAGCCUCAGCAGCAGCAGCAGCAGCAGCAGCAGCCUGCACUGCAGGGCAGCCAGGAAGAUGUUGAACCAACAGCAGAAACACUAGCUUCAGUCCACAGUGACAUCGAAGCGACUGGUCUGAGCUUUCUGUCCGACCUCUGCUCAGGACUCAGUGACUCGUUGAUUUUGUCCCUCCUCCAGCUUCUCGACUCCACCUCUUCUUCUUCCUCCACCGCCACCCUCCAUCCAAACCCCCAGCUGGACCCUCGGUACUGCGCAGACCUGGUGUCCCGUCGGACCAAAGAAGUGUACCCCUACCCCAGCCCGCUGCAUGCCGUCGCCCUCCAGAGCCCCCUCUUCACCUCUCAGAGCCAGGAGCAAUCAGCCUCUGAAGGACCACAGCCAGAUGAACCACAGGAGUCAAACAAUGAUCCAGCUCUGCCUCUCCAGCCUCACCAGCCCGCUGCCCCGGCUUCUUUCACCCAACUGGAGCAAUACAUCUCUCGACUGGCUCGUCAGUACCACAGUCGGGUAACCUCCUCCACCUCCGAUCUCACUUCAGCUGCCACUCCUGGUCAAGUCAGGCACAGAGGUCUUUGUACGCCUGGGAAAAGUCAUGGCUCGACUCAGUCCCUAUCUGCCUUUGAGAGCCGCAGCACGCCCUCCACCCUGCCGGGAGGCAGCGUCACUCCCUGUAAGUCACUGCUUGGAAACUCAGCCAGAAUCAGCCUCAGCACCACCGGGAAAAAAGCCACAAGGAAUUCAAUCAACCUCGGAAACCUUCCUUCAGCAACCGGCGAAGACCUGAACAUCAAUCUGCAUCUCAACCUCAACUUGAACCUGACUCCUGGUUUGAAUUCCAGCCAGGGACUGGUGGACAAUCCCAAAAAUGGCAGCUGUGGAGCUUUGAGGAGCGACUUCGCUUCGGCUCCCAUGACCUCGGCUACGUCACUCUCCUCCGUUACACCCACGCCAGCACUUAGGGCUCGCCCUCGCAUUUCAACGUGUCCAAGCAGCCUGAGCCACCGCAGCUCCCUGGAGGUCACUUCAGGGUCCAGUCCUGGUUUUGGAUCCUCCAACUUCUGUCGCUCAUUAGACUGGAGCAGUGGGGCUCCACCUGAGACUGGACCGUCAGUGUUAAGUACAAAUUCUGGAUCAGCUCCGGGGUCCCAGCGCAGCAGCCUGAUCCAAGAGUCCAGCUCCAGUCCGAAGCUCAGUGAAGACUCCCCAAUGGUGGGGGAGAUCUCCCGCCUUUCUGGCCUCUCUCGGGCUGUUGUGGUUGGACUGAUGGAGCAAGGAGUGGAGCUGGAUAUUGACUGCUUCCAAACAGAUCCUGCGGGCGAGGUGAGGGGUCACAGUAAAACUCACCUGACAGCCCAGACGGAUCUGUCACAUGACUAUGCCAGACUGAACGACCUGAAUCCCCAGAGACCGAUACAGCUGUCUCUCAGCGUCACCCAUUCUCCACAGUCUCAGUCCAGCCUCACCCCUCCUCUCUCACACUCCAGCAGCCCCAUACACCCCUAUCAGUCCAUCCAUAUCCCCUCUCCUCACUACUCCUCACACUGCCACUACCAGCAGAUCCCUUCUCCAUCAGACCUCCCCUCUUCUACAGCCUCCUCUCCUGCCUCCCGCCCCACCGCCAGGGGCCGCUCCCCUCCCCGGCCUCUCCAGCCUCUGGGUGCCACCCCGCUCUCUGUUUUCCGACGGGACGCGCCCUUCCAGUGCUCCCUGCCGCGCACCAACACCAGGAGCUCUCCUUUGGAGCACGGUGGCAUCCAACACAGGGGUGGAUCACUUCGGCAGAGUGGGGGAGGAGGCGGUGGAUGGAGGAGGGCCGAAGGUGAGGGGCUUUACAGAGGAAAACACGCCUCCCACAAGUUGGUCCGUGCAGCCACAGUGAGCAGCUACGCCAAGAGAGAGGACUACAGCUCGGUCUGGGCGGAGGAGCAGGAGAGGGAGCGAUCAACAUCCCAGACACCUAAGAAGACCUCCAACAAACUGUGGAGGGGCUUCGAGGGACGCCUAUGGAGCAAAGAGUCCGAAAGCGAAAGGGAGGAAAUGGACAGAACAGAGUAUGGGUACGGAUGGAGGAGGAACAGCGUUGGGAGCUGGAGGAGAGAGCAUCGAAGGGCGAAGGCUUCAACCAGCAGUAACGACAAGAGGCCGAAAGUAGAAAACUCCCCGAUCUUCUCAAAGAAGAGGGGGAAGGAAGAAGGGGAGAGACGCAGCACCAGCCUCAGGCUCUCCAGGCGGGCUUUGUUCAGGAGCGAGUCCCAAGGCUUGCUGGUGCCUCGUAACCACGGGGAGGAGCCCACAAAGCGGGCACACUGGGUCUCCUCUUUAGACGUAGGGCAAGGCGGCCUCAGCAAAGACGAAGGCGUCAGACUGCUGAGAGCGAAGGAGGGAGACAAACGGCUGUCCUCCACCGCCAGCCUCUUUAACCUCUCUCGCUCUCAAAGCCUGGAGGGCAGCUGCCAUUCCCUCUCCCCUCUCUCCUCCCCUUCCUUUUCCCCCUCUCCUCCUCCGAGGAUGCCCCUCCAGCGCUCCCGAUCACUAAGGGACUUGGGGAGGAGAGUGUUUGGCUCCAUGCGGUCCCUGAGUCUCAAACGGAAGCCAUCCAAGAAAUGACACUUGUACAAUAAAUAACCGUGGCAGUGAUUGCAUCUUCCCUGUGUUUCGUUCAAAACACCAGUGAUGGCUGACGUUAUAUUUCAUGUAUAAGGAAGUGCCAUCAUUUUAAUGCAACACUUCACCUCCAAAAUGACUCAGCCUGUGUUAUGCUGAAUUCAUGAAGAAAACUUUACCACAUGCCUCCACAGUGAACCAAGAAUCCAAAACACUGAGAAAAUUCUUGAUGAAUUGAAGUCAUAGGCGACCGCGUGUAAACGGGAACUUCACCCAUUUUCAAAAUGCAUACAUGUUAUUCCAACGGUCUAAGACAGUCUAAAAAUAUUAAUAAACAUGAACAACUCUCUCUCAAAUGCAAAAACUAGAGUGCCAUUGCUCAAAUUUGUGAUGUCGUAGAGUUUAAAGUCUGGAGACGGUGAAAGGUUUUGGAGAUGAGCAGUAUAUGGGUGCAUUUUCUGUUUUAGACCUGAGAACACUGCAGAGGAUUGAAGUUUAUUUGGGUAUAAAACAGAAAACAAACGUUCUGUGGGUCCAUAAAUUCAGGCUCUUAUUCACUGUCUGUGAAGCAGCUCCAGACUUUAUACUUGAUGACAUUUCACGUUUGAGACUUCUCUGGUUUCUGGCUUUGAGAGAGAGCAGAACGUGUUUGCAAAUAUUGAUUGAACCUUCCUUGGCGAUAGAAAUAACGCACCAGAAUUCAUGAUUUAGGUGAUGCUCCCCUUUAACAACAGCAAAACUGUAAGAUGAGUUUCCAUCCAAAUGUUGCACAUUAUUUGUAAAAAAAUUCUAAAAAUCUGCAAAAAAAAGCAAAUUUGUAUGCUUUUUCUCCAGUCAGUUUCCAUUUUACCACUGCAGAAGUAGAGCACCAGUUGAACCUGAAAUUAAGGGAAAAAAUAGAUGCUUAAUAACAGAAAGCACACCGGAAAAAGACAAAAGAGAACACCUAAUAUUACAGCAUGUGCUACUGGAACUGUUGUGGUAUCAGCCCUGUGUGCGUAAGUGUGUUAAAAGUCAUCCAGCGAUAAUAAGGACAGCUUGUAGUGGCCUGUGCCAUGACUGUGCACUUAAUCUUUUUCCAUUGCAGCUAGUGGCAUUUACCUUUUAUUAAUACACCAACUUUUCCACCUCUCCAAUGUGUAAAACCAUUUUUUUGCCAUAUUGCAAACCUCACUCAAGCCAUGUAGUAUAAUCCAAGUCUCAUUUAUCCAGUCGUAUGCUCAGUUCUUUCAAACAAGUCGGCUCUUUCCUAUCGGGAAUUGAAAGUAAAGUAAAACUUAUACAUGCUCUUUUCAAAGCCAGACUUCAAUGACAAAAACAGUAA